UCCGAUGAAAUUUUCUUUUACAAUCAUCAUUGUCAUCUGUUGGUCUAUGCCGUCCAUAGCCAAUGACGUAUCUUUGGAAUUUCCCAGUUAUGUCAAUGAGUCACUUGAAAUUGGAUAUCUAUGCAAGAAUGAAAUGAUUUCUUUAAACUUUUCUAACGGAUUGAUCAUCUCUAUUGAUCAAAAUUUUAUUAGUAGUCCUUUGAUUACUUGUCUCAACUUCGCCGGCACUCAUAUCCAAAACAUCAGGAAGGGCGCCUUCGACAAACUUCCUAAUUUGACUCAACUAAUUUUUUCAAACAAUGAUAUCGACUUGAACAAACUCUUCGACUUUGGAGGUCACGAAAACUUAAAGAUUCUUAUUCUGGAUAGUGUAAUUAAGAAUAAUGUUCCCAUAUCAUCUGCAGUUAUUUCCGGAGAAUACCCUAAUUUAGAAAUCUUAUCUGUUCGUAAAAACCUCAUCAAUGACUUAAAAAUUAUUACAGAAACUCAAGUCUCUAAAUCCAAUUUCGAUAUAUUAAGGUCACCUUCGCAAGUUAUACAAAAUAUUCCAUUCCCGAAAUUGAAGAUCCUAGAUCUUUCCGACAACCGCAUAACAGAUACCAAUUUUAUGGAGCUAUUGCCAAACAGUUUAUACUUUCUUGACCUCCAUGGUAACUCGUUCACUUCUUUUGCCUUUGAUAAAAAACAAGUAAACUUGUUGGCACUAAACUUGGAUAAGAACAAUCUGAAAUCUGUGAAGAAGUACAAUGAUUCGCGUGAUUUAUCUGAUUCAUACGAUCAACAUAAUCAACAGUAUAAUUAUAAUCAAUAUCAAUAUACUCAAGAUCCAUAUAAUCAGUAUAAUUUACGUAAUCCGCAUAAUUUUGGUCUCGUGAUGGCCGGCCUGGAAAAUCUACAUUAUCUUUCCAUUUCCGGAAACGAAAUUAAUCGUAUUGAAUCAAACGCUUUCGAGGACACUAACAAGUUAGUUUAUUUGAACUUAUCCAUAAAUAAAAUAACUCAUUUGCAUUCAGAGACAUUUGAAAAAUUGCAGUCUUUGAAAUCGCUCGAUUUAAGCCUUAACAAGCUCGAGAACGUUCCGCAAAUCUCAAGUGAAGUACUUAGCAUUUUGUCUCUUAAUUGUAACAAUAUCACUAAGAAUCUAACUAUAAACAGUUUCGCAAAAAUGCCGAAGUUGACGAAAUUGUUAUUGGCAGGAAAUCAGAUCGACGAAAUUAAUGCUCAAACAUUCGCUCAUCUUUCGCUUUUAGAAAUGUUAGAUCUAUCGAGGAACAAAUUGAGUUUUCUACCGGAAGAAUUAAGUAAAUCUUUAACAUCAUUAAAAUAUUUGAACGUGGAAAGUAAUCAAUUUACUUCGUUAGAGUCUUUAUCCCUGACAAGUAUGUUACCAUUGAUGGAGGUGUAUCUGGCGAUGAAUCCACUGGAAUAUUUAGAUGUUAGCUACUUCCAGAACUUGCCACAGAAUCUUACCGUAAAUUUAGUACAGGGAUCGGAUUUUUCAUACUGGAAUUCCGAUAAAUGCGGGCCGAGAAAAUAAUUUCUUAUCAUCAUUAUUAUAAUUAUUAAUAGUCAUUUAUAUUGGUAAUUUUUAUUAGUUAUUAAAUACCAGUUAAUCAUGUUAUAUGAUUUUUAUAAUUACGGAUAGCAUAUGUAAUACAGUAAUAAAUGGAAUAACAUAUAUGUAAGCAGAUAAAAAAUAAAAUAAAAUAAUAUAAAAAAAAAA